CUGACUCAGCUCCCGACUCCUGACUCCUUGACUCCUGGCUAUGGCUCAGCUCGUUCGUUUCCUCCGCGCAUUGCGGGAAUGCUGAACCAAGAUUCGCUCAUGUCGUAUCUUAUCUGGCCGAAAUUACCUGCUCGAUCUGAAAUUAAUCUCUCUUAGCAGCGUCGAACGACCGCCGUGUCCGCUUCCCCUCACAAGCGGACACCAGCAUGCGAUGACGACUCGUCGCAUCGACUAGACAAAACACAAAAGCGUCAAGAACCGCACUUCACCCUUUUAUUCCACUUUUCACCGUGCUUUUGCGUGACACACUGAGCUCCCCUCAGCCAUGCAUUCGCCUAUCUUCAGCCUUAGCAGCCUUCCGACCCCCACGGCCGUGCUCUUCCUGAUCGUCGGCUUCCAGCUCGGAUGGAUCUCCACGUCACUCCUCCUGCCAGCGUGGCAGCAACAGUACCAGCAGCAGGAACCGUGCUUGUCACCGGACGACCCCGGAUGUCAGAGGGGAAGCGCCAUUUCAAUCCUAUCCUUCUCCUCCUCUAGUGUAUCUGGCGCUACGACCAGCGAGCCUGGGACUGGUAGUGAAGAGCCUUGUAACGCGACAUUGCUGUUGCUGAAGCAGCAGCAGGAGGCCAUUCUUUUGAAUCUGCAGCAGCAGCAGGCUGGGAUCCGCAGGUUACAGGAGCGGGUAGCUGCGCGAAACAGCACCAUUCUGAGCGAAAUUGCGGAGCCUGCCUGCGCGAAUGACACCAUGCCACGUGUCGGCACAAUCCACUGGAACCCGAAGCCCCAGAGGUUCCUGAUAGCGCUGUGUUCGGGCGGGCAGCUGAGCAACCGCCUGGCGUGUCUGCGGCAGAACAUGCUGGACGCGGCCCUCAUGAACCGCACGCUCGUCAUCCCCACGCAGCUCAUCGACUACGACUACGACGCCCUGCUCGACCUGGGAGCAUUUGACGAGUGCGUGGGUCCCGGCCGCGUCAUCACCUUCUCAGCCUACAACGCGUCCGUCCGCGGCCGCGUGCGCGUGGGCCGCUACAUCUGCCACGUGCACGCGUACCAGACGGAGCAGACCUGUGACGCCCUCCGCCUCUCCUACGAAACCCGCCUGCACGCGUCUUUUGCGAAGCACGAGGUCGCGCGCAAGCGCACCCCCGGCCCGUGGUUCAAGUAUCCGACGGCGGAAUUCAUCCGCAAGUUCCACGGGGAUCACCACGUGAUAGCGUUUGCUAAUAUGUUUGGGGUGGGGGGCCGGGAGUUUAGGUUCCAUGGGCGUGCGCCGCUGGUGGUGAGGCGGGAGUGCCGGGGGCUGCUGCAGCCGAGCCGAGCUAUUCAGGAGGCGGCGGUGGGGUUCAUCAACACGUUCCUGGGCUCGCGCUUCAUCGCCAUCCAUCUGCGCAGGGGCGACUUCUUCCACCACUGCAUCCACGGCGAUGGCAGUCGGCGUGCGGUGCCGUGCUACCACCCCAUCCAGCAGCUCGCUCACUGCCUGCACUUGCGCCUGCAGGCGCUGCCGGGCGCUGUCAUGGUGUUCGUGGCGAGCAACGCCGGGGAGGAGGAGAUGCGCGUGCUGUCAGAGACACUCACCACGCUCGUGAGAGGGGGAGGUUGAGACGAAGGGAAACUGUCACUAGUGGCACUCGGUUCCCCUCACUCGUUCGUGUCAUUGCCGCCGAGCCUCAAGGGCCAGGCUUGGGCCGAGCCUCUGCUGAGCCUGGGGCUGGAGAGCAACAGGGAGGUGGUGUCGUUCCUGGAUAAGACCAUCUGUGCGCUCGCCCUCAAGUUCUACGGCACAUCAGGGUCCACGUACUCCCAUGAUAUCAUGCGGUUGCGGGAAUGGUGGCGUGAUGACCACUGUGAGAUGUACAUUUGCCCUGAGACCUUGCCAUCUCAGAUUUCUCACAUACACCCUAACCUCGCUAGCAGAUUGCUGUCUCCAGCUCAGGAAGUGGCUGGACAAAAUGCAACUCUUAGUGCGAACGUGUCGAGCGAUAAGAAUCCUGCAUCAUUGUAGGCUACGUACUCCAACGUAUUGCAUUCUUGUAAGUCUUAGUCAUUCUUGAUAGAUGGUAAUGCCAUA